ACGACACAUACUAAACCCAAAUCACCAACAAAGCUCACGUGUUUUUUCAUGUUACAUACAUAAAAAUGGUGUCUUUAGACGACUAUCAGUUUUUAGAAAGCUUUAAAAGGAAACGUAUCCGGCUCACGACAAAAGGCAGCACGUUUGAAGGCACCGUACAGCGCAUUAAUCUGAACAAAACAAUAAUAUUAGAGGACGUUGUUGAGGUUCAGAGCGGCAGCCGGUUUGUGGGAUCUAAACUUUUCUUCGGACAAGAAAUCCUGAAUGUUGAAUUCGUUUCCUCACCUAAAAAAGAUGCCCUGGGUGAUGAGGAUCGUGUUAAGGUGGACCAGCUGAGCUUGGGCGAGUUUCAGCCUUACAGAUACAAGCUGAUGGGUGGUGGUGAUGAUGAUGAUGAUGAUGAUGAGACAAAGCAGAUUGUGAAUUUCGUGGUUGUAGAUGAGUUCCAUGAGAAGUUUGGUCCUGCAAUCAUACACAUCCAGAAGCAGAAGGUCAUCGGGAUUGGACUGGAUGGAGUGGGUACUUUCCAGAAUGAGAGGCUCUGCUGGUUGCAGGUGGCUGUAAAAAACCAGGUGUACCUCUUUGACAUCUUGUUGCUUGGAGCUCGAGCUUUUAGAAAUGGUUUAUCUAAGAUUCUGGAGAGCACGGACAUCCUGAAGGUCAUGCACGACUGCCGGAGGAUUGCUGGGUGUCUGAUUGUGCAGUUUGGAGUGAACUUGGUGAAUGUGUUUGAUACGCAGGUUGCAGAUGUGAUGCAGUUCUACACAGAGACCGGGGGCUUCUUGCCCACACGGGUGAGCACACUACAAGAGGUCAUUAGACUUCACAUGAAAAUGCCUGUAUCCCGCCUGUCCUCUCUGAGCAUCAAAGAUAAGCUCUGUAUGGAAAACAAAGAAGUCUGGUAUGUCCGUCCUUGUCCUGCUCCGAUCCUAAAAGUCAUGGCUUUGUCUGUGAUCCACCUGCAGCCUCUUCGUCUUAUGCUUUUGGACAUCCUCAUGUCUGACUACACCAGUCUGGUAGACUCUUAUCUAAAGACCAGCCAGGAAAAUCCUGUACGCACAGAGGACAUUGGCAAGACUGGCCUGGAGCUCCCUCAGGAGUUGCGUGAGAUUGAGUUGAUCAAAAGCACGAGACAGAAAUGGGCUCUGGACCACUAUAACAUCACAGAGGAUGGACUUCUGGACCGCUACAGCAUCAAGCCGACUUCAGAGCCAGAGUCAGAGAUUCAGGAACAGCCUGAGAUGCUGGAAUCCAGCCUGGAUGCUGAGAAAAAUGGUCCCUAUUCUGCUGUAACAUCAAUAUUAGGAGGAAGAAGUGUACUGAGUGUUGAAGAUACCAGUACUAUGCCAAGUUUAGGGCGGGGACUUGUACUUCCUGGCCCUGUAGUACCCUUCAAAGAAAGUGCAGUACUCCAAAAAAGCCCUGCAACGACAGGACCUGUCUCCAUCAUGGGAGGCGUAGCUCAAAAUGGGACGUGUUUACUGCCAGUCAUGGGGAGAGGAUUUUUUAACAGUUGUCACUAAGGAAAUGAAAGAGGAAUAAAACGUUAGAUGCAAUGAAGCUCCAUGCUGAUGUUCCCUCAGCUGGCUUUGUGAAGUUUUUUGUUUAUUGUCUCAAACUGUUGCUUGAUUGCGUGAUUUGAAUUUGUUUAUGUGCAAAAAUAUUUGUUUGAUGUUUUUACAC